AUGGCACCCUCUCAGUCCGGCAACAACCAGGAGGCUGCUGUCCCCACCCCUCCACUGCUGGACCUGACCAUUGACAACAUCACCCAGAACGUGGUGCGGAUCAACUCCCAGAGCAGCGAUGCGCGCCUCAACUAUCUGAUGGAGCGGCUGGUGACCCAUGUCCACGACUUUGCGCGGGAGACACGCCUCAGCACGCACGAGUGGAUGGCUGCCAUCCAGUUUCUAACCCAGACAGGACAAAUUUGCAGCGACGUUCGCCAGGAAUUCAUCCUGCUCUCAGAUGUCCUAGGUCUGUCCAUGCUGGUGGACUCCAUUGAUCAUCCCAAGCCACCAAAUUGCACUGAAGGCUCCGUACUGGGGCCUUUCCACACUCACGAUGCACCGCAUCUGCCCAUAGGCUCAUCCAUGAGCUCAGACGCCGCGGGAGAGCCUAUGCUCGCAUUAUGCACUGUCCGCGACUCGUCAAACAGGCCAAUUGAAGGCGUCAAGGUCGACAUCUGGGAGACGGACUCCUCAGGCCACUAUGAUGUGCAGUAUUCCACCAGAGAGGCGCCAAGCGAGCGCUGCAUCAUGACCAGCGACGUGGACGGCAGCUUCUGGUUCAAGGCCAUCCGGCCUGUAAGCUACCCCAUCCCGGAUGACGGCCCGGUAGGCAAGCUGUUGGGGCGACUCAAGCGCCAUCCAUGGCGGCCAGCCCAUAUGCACUUCAUGUUUGAGAAGCCGGGAUUAGAUCAUUUGAUAACGACCCUCUUUAUUCGCGGCGACAAAUACGAGACAUCUGACGUCGUCUUUGGCGUUAAGAAGAGCCUGGUGGUCGAUCUAGACAAGGUCGACAAGGAGACGGCGAUUAGAUACGGAGUGCCCGAGGGAGCCUGGUUGCUCAGGCACAACUUUGUCUUGGCCAGCACAAGGGAGACUGAGCAUCUGAGAGACAAGAAUGCCAUGGAAGCGAUGGAAAGAUUGGGACUGAAGAGCAAGCUCAUUGACCACCUGCCCGUACCUGAUUUAGAUUAA